ACAACAAUAACAAACAUAAUCGGCAGUUUCCGUCAUCGCUCGGAAAACUUCGUAUCCGGAAGUUACUUAGUAGCGAGAUUUCGCGAGAAAAAUUCCUUUUCCGUCUUCGUACUCGGGCAAGUAUGGCUCCCCGCAAAGGCAAGACUGUUCAGCAGGAACAAGUUGUCCUAGGCCCACAGCCAAAGGAUGGUGAGAAUAUCUUCGGAGUUGCGCACAUAUACGCCAGCUUCAAUGACACUUUUGUUCAUGUAACCGAUUUAUCUGGCAAGGAAACAAUUGUUCGUGUAACAGGAGGCAUGAAGGUAAAAGCUGAUCGUGAUGAGGCUUCUCCUUAUGCUGCCAUGUUGGCAGCCCAGGAUGUUGCUGAAAGAUGCAAGCAGCUUGGCAUAAAUGCUCUGCACAUCAAGCUGCGUGCUACUGGUGGCAACCGAACUAAGACACCUGGCCCAGGAGCUCAGUCAGCCCUCAGAGCUCUCGCUCGAUCUGGAAUGAAAAUAGGCCGUAUUGAGGAUGUUACACCCAUUCCAUCAGACAGCACCAGGAGGAAGGGUGGUCGCCGUGGUCGCCGUCUGUAAACCAAUGUGCAUGAGUCUUGGGGAGUAAAUAAAAAACAUUCAGGGCCCCUGA